AUGGCCGAGACUGCUGUUGAUUUUCUCUUGUGGAGCUUGAAUCAGAUAAGAAAGGGUGAGAAAGUUUGGCUUUUUUCUGAAAUGGAGAUGAAUGAAAUGGGCUGUCUUUAUGGAGAGGUAGAAUCACUGAGAACUUGUCUCAAGCACUUGGAGAAAUAUCGUACUGAGCAUGAGGAAAUUGAAGAUCUGGUGACACAAAUUAGAGAUGUUGCUUAUGAGGCAGCAGACAUCAUUGAUUUGUCCUUAAUCAACUGUACUUCUCAUGUAAGGCUUGUCGAUAUCGUCCAAGGGAUUCUGUCUAUAAAGGAAGAGCUGAUGGAGUUUUAUGAAACCAAGGAGGAGACUAUUGAUUCUCUUAUGGAGAAUUGGUGUGAAACCAAGGAGGAGACUGUUGAUUCUCUCAUGGAGAAAUGGAAUCAGCUAAUAAAGGGUGAAGUACCGAGGCAACUACAAGAGUGGGAGAGGGAGAUGACCAAGACUAUUGUUGAUUCUCUCAUGGAGAAGUUGAAUCAGCUUAUAAAGGGUGAGAUAAAUUGCUCAUUUUCUCGUUCUGAGAUGAAUAUUCUAAUAGCUCAUCUUUACGAGGAGCUACAAUCUCUGGGAAUUUGUUUCAAGGAUUCGGAAAAGAAUCACAUUGACAAUGUAAAAUUUCCAUCUCUGUUCUCUGAAAUCCGUGUUAAGGCUUAUGAGGCAACAAACAUCAUUAAAUUUUCCUCAGAAAGAAAUGUUCUUUACCCUCACCCAAGGCUCAGUGUUGUCCUGAAAGAGAUCAAGUCUAUAAAGAAACAGGUGAUGGAGAUUUACCAGAAGACAUUGUGCGGCAUCAGAGACCCACAAGUUGGAUUGUAUGUCCAUGGAAGUUCAGCAAGAGCUAUUAGUUAUCUGAAUGUAGAGGAAGAAACUAUGAUCGGCUUUGAUCAUGAAGUAGAGAUGUUGAAGGAGCGACUUACUGGAAUACAAAAGCAACUCCAAGUCAUCUCAAUUGUUGGAAUGGCCGGAUUGGGCAAGACCACUCUGGAAAGAAAAAUAUUCAAUGAUCCUUUCAUUGUACAUCACUUCUAUAUUCGUGGGUGGACCUAUGUUACUCAAGUAUAUUGCAAAAGGGAUCUCUUGCUUCGCAUUCUAAAUUUUGUUUUAAAAUAUCUUGUUGCCACGGAUGAUAUGUGGGACAUUGGAGCGUGGAAUGAUUUAAAAAGAUACUUUCCGAAUGACAACAAUGGCAGUAAAAUUUUGUUCACUAGUCGGUGUACUGAUGUCGCUUUGCUUGUCAAACAGGAUAGCCCUCCUCAUAAUCUCCGUUUUCUAAAUGAAGAUGAAAGUUGGGAUCUAUUACAAAAGAAGAUAUUUUGGAAAGAGAGUUGCCCUUCAGAGUUGAUGGAUGUUGGAAAGCAAAUGCAAGGUUUACCACUUGCGAUUGUUGUAGUGGCCGGGCUUCUAGCAAAAAGAAAAAAGUUUCAAGUCUGGUGGAAGCAAGUUGCUGAAAACUUGAGUUCAUACAUUGCAAAUGAUGUAGAUCAAUGCUUAAAUAUUCUAGCACUAAGUUACAACAACUUGCCUUUUCACUUGAGAUCAUGCUUUCUCUACUUCGGUGCAUUCCCCGAAGAUUAUGAAAUCUCAGUGCGGAAGUUGAUCUGGUUAUGGAUCGCUGAGGGAUUUAUACAUCGAAUAGGGCUAGAAAGAAAAAGCUUGGAGGAUGUUGCUGAAGAUUACUUGAUGGAUUUGAUUGAUAGAAAUUUAGUCAUGGUUGCUAAAAGAAAGUCAACUGGUGGAAUCGGGACUUGUCGUGUCCAUUAUCUGUUGCAUGAUUUAUGCUUGAGAAAAGCAGAAGAAGAGAAUUUUUUUCAGCAAAUUCGUGGGAACAACCACAGUCCCACUUCUUUUUCUUCUUCUUCUUUAGUUCAUAUAGAUACUGUUCUUGAGUGGAAGGAAAUGUCAGUCCUUGGGAUGUUACCAAACCUUGAGGUUCUCAAAUUGGAAUAUCAGGCCUGCAUCGGAUCACUGUGGGAAACAACUGAGGGGGGGUUUCGUCGACUCAAAUACUUGAGACUGUAUUACAUGAAUGUUGAGCAAUGGAACGCCUCCAGCAUUCAUUUUCCAAGCCUUCAGCGUCUACUGCUGCAUAGAUGUCGUAAACUCAAGGAGAUUCCAUCUGAAUUAGGGCAUAUAUGUACACUGCAGACAAUCGAGGUAAGUUGUUGUAGUGAUUCCGCCGUAAAUUCUGCCAGAGAAAUUCAGAAAGAGCAAGAGGACAUGGGAAAUGAUUCAUUGAAAAUCAUUAUAAUAAAUCCCCCAAGUUGGGAGCUCAUGACAUAUUCUUAAGUCUGUGUUGAGCUCCAGUGAAUGUUGGCUUGACAAUUGAGUUCAAGGCAUUUUUGAGUUGGUGGUGGGGAAGUAGGUAUCAGAACAGAAGACAGACUGAUGUUGGGUAGUUCUUAGUUGCUGCUUAUGGGAGUUGCAAGGAGAUCCGGUUUCUUCGACUCUCAAGGCCUGGAGUUCUAUUUGACCACAAAGGAGUGCCCAACACUCCGCUUAAAAAUAUCAGAUAUUACCAAGGAGAGUGUGAUCCAGCAAGAGAAAACGGAAAAGUUCAGAGAAAUAUCAGGUACCAUUACAGAUCAGACAAGCAAGCAUUUUACAAUCCUCAGCCAAUAGUUGCUGUAUUGACAUUUUAACAUCCUUUUCAUUGUCAUAAUUUUCUUUUAGAAUACGUUGUGGCUGCACCAAUCAUCACUUUCAUUGAGAACGAACUGCAAAUUUUUUACCACUACAAUUUUCUAGAUCUUGGGAACUAAAGGACCAAUGAAAUCUAUGCUUUUUAUUACAAAAGUACCCUAUGACUGGUUGUUUUACAUGCUAUAAAAUAUGUGAGCAUUUUAUUUGGCUAAAAACUAGGUUGGUUGGAUGACUUCAACUGUCGAUAUUGUAAUAUUUUCAUUUUUCUUCAUUUUCUAAUUUUUUUUCAGAAUUUUUGUCGUUGCAAGGGCAUUUUCGUCUUUUCUCGUUUUGUGUACCAGACCCCAUGGGUUGUGCCGGUUAUGUCCGAGAGAUGGUAGGGGCAUUUCAUUGAGUUCAAGACUCUUUAAAAUGUAAGGGUUACUAUUUUGGCAUUUUUCAGUUUUUUGGGCCGGACGGUCCCGUGUGGGACCCGCUUGUAAUAGUUUCAUUUUUCGUCAUUUUCUAUAUUUUUUGGAAUUUUGUCAUUUGCAAGGGUAUUUUUGUCUUUUCUCGUUUUGCGUAACGGACACCGUGAAGUGUACUAGAUUUGUCGGAGAGUUGGUUGGGACAUUUCAUUGAGUUUAUGACUCUUUGAAAUGCAUGAGGCACCAUUUUAGCAUUUUUUAUUUUUUUGGCCGAACAGUCCUGUGUGGGACCCAUUAUCGGACUUAUCGUGUACAGGGAUUUUAGUUGAGUCCAUUAGCAUUUCAUGCAUUUUAUUUGAUGUAUUUUAUGUGGGUUUUAUUUGGUUGGAUGUAUGUAUAUAAAUUUGUGAGAAUUAAUAAAGAAAAGAAAAAAGAAAAUAAAUCCAAUUUUUGGUGGGGUCCACCAUUAACACCUUUUAGAGGCCAAAAGUCCGUUGAAGCCUCACAAUUCUCUCUCACUCCGUAAGCCUCUCUCUCCCUAUUCUAGACUUUUCUUUUUUCUUUCUUUUGGGCUUCAAACUUCAAAUCUUAAUUUCUCCCUCAAUACUUGGUG